AUGUCGAACGUGGACAAAAAUCAACUCGUUCUGUAUGCUGCGUCCUGCUCGCUCGCUAUCUGGGUGGGCUCCAAGAUUCUAUUCUCCGAGCCACAGCGAGCAGCUCGACAUCGCGAAUCGCUUCCACUAAUAGGUGAGACUUGGGCCGCGAUCAAACAUGCGGAGCAUUAUUACGACUGGGAAGCUGAAAUGACUGAGAAGAUGGAGGGGAGGCCUUGGAUGUUUAACGUCGUCGGUCGACCUACCGAGUUCGCGAUCGGUAAGCCCGAGAUCAUUGAAGAUGUUUUGUCCACGCAGUUCAAAAGUUUCGGUAAAGGUGAAUACGUGCGUGAAGUGCUCAGCGACCUGAUUGGAGAUGGCGUUUUCGCUGUUGAUGGUCACAAGUGGAUGCAACAACGCAAAACGGCGAGUAACUUGUUCUCCACGCGCGAGCUAAGAGGCUCGAUGACCACUUGCGCUUUGGAGAAAGGUGAAACAGUGGAUUUGUUUCGCUUACUUAACCGAUUUACGUUUGAAGUUAUCUCUGAAAUCGCCUUUGGCAUCAAGUUGGGAGGUCUGCGUUUGGAAUCGGAGCAUCCGGUGGAAACAGCUUUCAAUAAUGCUCAGCAAAGAUUGUGUGAGCGAUUUCUAGAGCCGACGUGGCUGUGGAAACUCCAGAGAUGGCUGAAUGAACGCGAGUUGAAAGAGAACAUCCAGAUCAUUGACAGUACGUGCUACGACAUCAUCUCUCGCUCGAUGAAGAAGCGACAGGUGUCGGGCAGUGCCGCUACUGGUGGAAAGAGAAACAUCAUCUCGUUGUUCUUAGACGGUGUUAGUGACGACGCCAAGAGCGAUCAAGGCCUCGAUCCUAAAUACCUGAGAGAUAUCGUCGUGUCCUUCAUGACCGCAGGUCGAGACUCGACAGCCUCGGCGCUCAGUUGGUUCUUUUACACUGUGAGUCAACAUCCCGAAGUCGAGGAGAAUAUCCGUGAAGAGAUCUUCUCAAAGGUUCCUGAGCUGGCAAAUGGUACGAUUUCAGCUCCGUCCGCAGCUCAGGCAAAGGAGCUAGUCUACCUUGACGCUGCUGUGAAGGAGGUGCUUCGGUUAUAUCCGGCUGUCCCGUCGAACAUCCGUGAAGCACUUGAAGAUGUUGUUCUGUGCGAUGGAGCGGUUGUGAAGGCCGGCGAAACAGUUAGCUGGUCAUCAUAUGCCAUGGGGAGAAUGCCCCAAGUAUGGGGCCCAGAUGCGAAAGAGUUCAAACCAGAGCGCUGGAUCGAUGCGUCGACGGGAAAACUUGCUGCUGUGUCCCCCUUCAAGUACCCUAUUUUCAACGCAGGACCACGUAGCUGUCUGGGCUCCAAGCUAGUGAUGAUGGAGAUAAAGAUCACUGCUGCUAGUGUGCUGAGCAAGUACAAUCUGACGGUCGCUCCACAACAAACUGUUGCCUACAAAAUAGGCUUGUCACUCGCGAUGAAAAAUGGUCUCCAAGUCAAGGUAAAGAAGGUUGCUCAUGCAUCUUACUAG